UCCACUGUGUGUCUUUAAGUGGGAUUCUCCGGCGCCAGGCGAUAGGAGGGGUUGGAGUGACGCUGGCUUCGCUGCCUUGCGCUUUGGUGCUGCUGAGCUGAGCAACGCUCUUCACCUGCAGAUGAGAGAGCGAGGGAAGUCGGGACGGGCUUUCUACUUCUGAAGAGCUUACCACUGCAAGUGCAGAGCACCGGGUGGACGUACCAGCUAUCACACGGCGCGGGGAAAUUAUACACUUACCAGAGAAGAAAUACGAGUCGUGUCGCCUUUUGUAGCUCAAGCAGCCUCUGCUCGCUUGCAACGAUGAAAACCGCUCUCGUUCUCUUGCUGACAUCAGCCUUACAACAAGCCGCGUUUUGGGGAACUAAUGGAGACCUCGUGUCCAAAGCCCCCUGCAGACCCGGCUUCUCGCAAAGUUCCUACUCUGUGCUCAUUUCAAGGGAUGUACUGCAAAGCCAGAGCAUAAUUAAAGAUACCACCGUGUCAUCGCGGAAAGUGAGGUUCGAUGACUGUAUGGAGAACGAGGGGGUGGUCUUUCAGAGCGGUGACGCCAGGUUCAGCGUUGGGACCGAUGGGUCCAUCUACACCCAGAGAGAGGUGGCAGGCCUGAGCGGACCGGUCCAGUUCACGGUCACUGCCAGCGGUCCACACACACACGUGUGGGAGACAACGGUCAAACUGGCCCUGAUGGGGCAACCCAUACCCUCACCGCCGGGCAAUCAGAUCAGAGUGGAACAGGGGAAAGAAGGGGAGAGGAAGGAGGAAGAGGAGGUCAAAGCAUCACCAGAGUUUCAGGCCCCACCCACCGUCAUCAUGUUUCCCAGGCAACGGGAGACGAGCUCCAAGGUACUGCGGAGACAGAAGAGAGACUGGGUCAUUCCGCCAAUCAACGUGCCUGAAAACUCCAGAGGGCCCUUCCCACAGAUGCUCGUCAGCAUCCGUUCGGACCAGGACCGUAACAUCUCCAUCCGGUACAGCAUCACGGGGGUGGGAGCGGACCAGCCACCCAAUGAGGUGUUCAGUAUCGACCCUGUCGCCGGGAAGAUGUUCGUCACCAAACCCCUGGACCGAGAGAGGAGAUCGUCGUACCAUCUUCGUGCCCAUGCAGUGAACAUGAAUGGUGAGCGGGUGGAGAGCCCCAUAGACCUGUACAUCUAUGUCAUAGACAUGAACGACAACCGGCCUGAGUUCAAGAACCAGGUCUACAACGGCUCGGUGGAUGAGGGCUCCAAGCCAGGUACAUUUGUGAUGCACCUGGCAGCCUUCGAUAAUGACGACAACACCACGGCCAAUGGGAUGGUGCGCUACCGGAUCCUGUCCCAGACGCCACACAGCCCCAUCCCCAACAUGUUCACCAUCAACAGCGAGACUGGAGACAUCGUCACCGUGGCAGCAGGCCUCGACCGCGAGAAAGUGUCCCAGUACAGCAUCAUAGUCCAGGCCACGGACAUGGAGGGCAACCUAAACUUUGGCCUGUCUAACACGGCCACCGCCAUCAUCUCUGUCACAGACAUCAACGACAACCCACCGGAGCUCACCUCCAGAACCUUUUCAGGGGAGGUCCCAGAGAACCGGGUCAAUGUUGUGGUUGCCAACCUGACCGUGAUUGACCGGGACCAGCCACACUCGCCCAACUGGAAUGCCGUGUACAGGAUCAUCAGCGGAGACCCGAUAGGUCACUUCACCAUCAUCACCGACCAACACACCAACGACGGCAUGGUUACCGUAUUGAAGCCGGUGGACUUUGAGCAGAACAGAGCCUUCAUGCUGACGGUGGUGGUCAACAACCAGGCCCCGCUGGCAAGUGGGAUCCAGUCGUCCCUCCAGUCCACAUCUGGGGUCACCAUCUCUGUGGUAGACAUCAACGAACCGCCCUACUUCCCUACUAAUCCCAAGUCCAUCCGCUUUGAGGAAGGUGUCCCCGCUGGCACUUCUCUCACCACAUUCUCAGCCAGCGACCCUGACCGUUUCAUGCAGCAGAGCAUCAGGUAUUCUAAACUGGCCGACCCAGCUGACUGGCUGUCCAUCAACAACACCAACGGUCAGAUCAUCACCACGGCAACCCUGGACAGAGAGUCCAUCUACGUCAAAAACAACAUUUAUGAAGCUACCUUCCUCGCGGUUGACAAUGGCUCUCCCAUGGCCAGUGGUACAGGGACCCUGCAGAUCUAUCUGAUAGAUGUGAAUGACAACGCUCCGUCUCUGCUGCCCCGCGAGUCUCAGAUUUGUGAGCGCAUCAACCGUAACGCCGGCAUCAACAUCACGGCUGCAGACACAGACACGGACCCCAACGUAGGCCCUUUCGUCUUCGAGCUGCCCACGUUCCCUGCUAGCAUACGACGCAACUGGACAGUGUCACGUCUCAACGGUGACUAUGCCCGGUUGAGUUUACGGACCCAGUAUCUGGAGCCGGGGGUGUAUGAAGUGCCUGUGAUUGUGACCGAUUCGGGGAACCCUCCCCUCUCCAACAGGUCCAUUAUCAAGGUCAAGGUGUGUCCAUGUGAUGAGAACGGAGACUGCACCCUUGUCGGAGCUGUGGCUGCCGCUGGACUUGGGACUGGAGCCAUCAUAGCCAUUCUCAUCUGUAUCAUCAUACUGCUCAGUAUGGUGCUAGUGUUUGUAUUGUGGAUGAAGCGCAGAGAGAAGGAGAGACAGACCAAACAGCUGCUGAUUGAUCCGGAGGACGAUGUCAGAGAUAACAUCCUGAAAUACGAUGAGGAGGGAGGGGGAGAGGAGGACCAGGACUAUGACCUGAGUCAGCUGCAGCAGCCUGACUCCUUGGAGCACAUCAUCAGUAAGCCCCCGGGGGUACGGAGGGUGGACGAGCGCCCCAUCAUCCCUGAGUCCCAGUACCCCAUUCGACCGGUGGUCCCCCACCCUGGGGACAUCGGGGACUUCAUCAAUGAGGGUCUGCGGGCGGCAGACAAUGACCCCACGGCCCCUCCCUAUGACUCCCUCCUGGUGUUUGACUACGAGGGCAGCGGCUCUACGGUCGGCUCCGUCAGCUCCCUCAACUCCUCCAGCACAGGGGACCAGGACUACGACUACCUCAACGACUGGGGCCCCCGCUUCAAGAAGCUAGCCGACAUGUACGGGGGAGGGGACGACGAAUAGGGCCACAGGGGGGCCUCGUUAAAGAUCCACACACCCAGCUGGACCCCCCUCCGCUGGUCUGCCAUGCUCUCUCUGUCUCUCCAACCUUGGAGACACGCACACACACCAACGCACACCACACACACCACACACACAACAAUAUACACCACACACGGCAGUACACAUUACACACGACAAUACACACCACACAAUACACACCACACACACACAAACCAACUGAACUGACCUAGCAACUGACCAAUCAAUCAAGCAACCGCCAUAGUGAACUGUGCAGUGAGGCAGCUUUGUCCUUCUGUACUGUAUUGUACUGUACUGAGCCCUCUCCUGCUCCAAGGUGUGUGGGGGGGAAGGGAGUAGAUUUUUGGGGUUGGCUACUUUUGUUUUAUGUUAUUUAGAAAUGUUUUGAUUAUCUCAUGGUGUCCUCACUGUCCUUAAAUGCAAGCUAUUUCCUGGUGUUUGGAGGCCAUUGGCUUUCUAUUUCCCCAUCAGCCCCCAGCCUGUCCCUUUGCAGAUAGAUUGAGGUGCAUAUUGCGUGACGGGGAAGAAAAGAACAAAGAAACACAGAAAGUGAACUCCUUCCUCUGCGUGGAAAUCCCUGGUUUAAUCUCUCUGAACUUGAAUUCCAUAGAACAGAAGCACCGUUGUUUCAGAAGUGCCUUCAGUGGUGCGUAUUUUUUGCUGACUCCCGCUAACUCAGGAUUGGUGGCCAUUUUCUGGGCUAACGUGCACCCCGUCCUCCCCCUGUCCCCUAAUUACCCCUCACCUUUCAAUUGUGACAUUCCCGCCCCUUUUCCUGUGUCAUGUCCAUCACCCUGCAAUGGAACACGGGCAGAUGCAGUAUAAGUUGCAGAGGGGAUUUGCCUUGGGGGGUGAGGGGGUAUCAUUGGUGUGAAUUUCGGAGAGGGAGUGCUCUGUACAAAGACAGACAGUAUAUCUCCUUAGGCGAAGGACAAAUCUUUCCUUUACAAUCUGGUACAUCUGAGCUUGUAAUGCACAGCCAUCGCCUGUGUGACAAUAGGAAUCAUCACACUGACACAGAAUGGGACUGUGUCGUUAGACAACAUGUAUUUACUGUAUUCGAACAGUGUGUGCCCUCUGAGAGCAGUUGAGUUUGGAUGGUUUUGUGACUUUGUGGUUUUGAGUUCGGAUUAUUUUGCACUUUUAACUUAGUGAGGCUGUGUGAGCUAGGGAUCGAGGGAUGACGAGUCAUUUUUAACGUGAAAGAAAUUCAUCCAUAGGAGGGUUGUUUUUCUUUUCCUCCUAUUCUUAGAUGAAGGAUAUGGGUGGGUUGCAUGGUUCUGUCCCCCGUUUCCAAAUGUUGUCAACUUGGCACUAGUUGUCUUGUGGUCUUGUUGGUCAAUGUGUUGAGGAAAACUAUAUAAACUGUAAAAAGAUGAGAAAAAGGGUGUCAAAGUAGAUAUUUUUUAAAGUAUUAGUAUAAACCGUUUGUGCUCCAUUUCUGCUGGCAUUGCUGGCAGAGAAGACAAAUUGUGAGACCCGAAGUUUCAAGCUUCGACUUUACUUUUUUUUUCGUGUGCUGAUUCACUGUUGUGUCUUGACACACUUUUGAUAUACCAUCUCUGAUGCUGGUCCCCGUCGCAGCAGCAGAGAGAGCGAGAGAGAGAGAGCUGAGAUUCUGUCGGGGGACUUAGCAAGCACCACAAUCUGUCUCUCCUCAGACACUUUCAUUCAUUUGAAAUGCAAGAGGUUUUGAAAACAUGUAGGAGAAAAUGUGUCUGUUGCAAACUUUUUGGGGAAAGAGUGAUGGAGAAGAACUGCACUUUACCAAAACAGGGUUUAAUAGUGCUAAACAUUUCACUUUUUAGAGAAGAAGGUGCAUAUGAGGAACAUACAUUUUAUUGUCUUUUGUGAAAACACCCCUACCCAACAUUCCUAUGAUAUACAGUACAUUUCCCCCGGUUAUACAAGUUAUACACUUGUUUCUCACUCACACACAGGCAGAAGUCCUUUUGUAAAUGAGCUUUCACAUAGUGUUCCCAUGUUCCCAGUUGAGGAGAUGCGGAAGAAAUCAACACAGCUUCUCUCACACUGCCCGUUCACACCGUCCACUCAUUAUCUCGGCAGUUUAACCGAGUCCAUCGGAAUGUUUUGCUCUUUCAAAAAUGUCAGCUGAGUUCAAUGUAAUUUCAGCUGAGAUUUACACUUGAGAGAGAUGUGGUUUCUAUAUGUAGAGAUUACUUCUCUCUCUCCCUAAGCUCUUUCUCUCUAAUGGUGGAUUUGAUAGAAAUUGGGCAGGGUUAUAUAUUUAAUUCAUCCUCCAGUUACCCUUCGUAAUAAAGAGGAUGAUGGAUCCUUCCAGGUAGUCUCCUUGACAGAGAGCGAGAGAGAGAGAGAGAGCCUUUAAACUCCUAGAUAAGAUAUGAGGAGAGAGGAGGACUCUCCGCGUCCCAUGCACUUCCUCCCAGCAUUCCCUUCUCUAUCAGGUCUUUACACACUGCAUCCAGCAUCUCUUCGUCACAUCUUCCUCUGGAGAAAAAAAGAUAUGUACAGUAUGCCUUACAGAGAGGGGAGGG